CAACGAAUAGGAGCGAGGAGUGAUGGGACAACAGCUGGACUGAACAACGGUCAAGCGGAUUGGCUUCACUUGCCUCUCACCGACGAUGCCGGGCCAGCCGAAGGUGCGAUGCUGCAAAUCACGAAUACUGCGCCAGAGGACAUGGGACUAGGUUCGUUGCGCACGGUUGCCCUGGCGCUCCGACCAAGUUGUCAAGACAAGCAGCAAUCGACACUAUCAAAUAUCGACAACUGUCAGCAAUUCUUCCGUAAGAAGUCUAGUCAGCUGAGGUGGUUUGAGCACUGA